GCUUUACCCUCAUCUUAUAAUAUUAUUUCUUUCAAUCAUUAUAUCUUUGAGAUUACAGAAACUACUUAUGGCCAGUGCUGCACCGACUGCUUCAUCCACAAAAGAGACAACAAACUAUGCCAGGUUGUGCCGUCUGCUGGUUGGUCUUGGAAGCCAGGCCCUCAGAGAAACAUUCGAUUCCAUCUAUCCACCAGCAAAUCUGCACACGAUUUUGGCGGCAAACAAACCCACUCUGAAGUCUCUUAGAGCAAAGAAAAUUAUCAAUCCAAUACAAUGGGGAAAACUUUUCCCUCCAAUCCCUAGUUCAGUGUCCUCGCGCGAGUUUGACACAACUCUCUUAGUGGUUCUGUUGCGAAACCUGUGCGGCUUAACUGCUCCGCUGACUGGCUGGGAUGCUUUACCCACCGUAACAGACCUCAGCAGGGAAGCGGACAUUGCCCGAGUGAAGUAUUUUAGGAACACCGUGUACGGUCACGCUGAGAAAGCUUCUGUUGAUGACAUCAAGUUCAAUGACUACUGGCGUGACAUCCGCGUUACUCUGGUCAGACUGGGUGGUGUUGCUUAUGAAGCUGCAAUUGAUGAUCUUAGAAACGAAUGCAUGGACCCUGAAGUUGAAGAUCACUACAUGGAACUACUGAGUCAAUGGAAAAAGGACGAGAACAGCAUUAAAGAUCAGUUGGACGAAAUAAAGAAAAGGCUUGAUGUCCUGACAGCUUCAAAAAAACCAACUGAUCAAGGUGAAACCUCUACAUCAGAAAAAGUUUUGAGAAGACGUACAAUGUGCAAGUACCACGAGACCGAAGAAGUUGAGCAUUAUUGCUUGAAAUGUAAGGUUUGCAUCUGUCAGAAUUGUCAACAAAUACGUCAUAAAAGGCACACAAAGGUUAAAAUACAAGAAGCUGUUGAUGAGCGAAAGGCGCCAAUGGCAAAGAUCUUGUACGAUGCUAAAGCAGAAAUCAUUGCCAUCGAGAGUAAAGUCAACAAGCAAAGCGAGCUGAGGAAGAAGAGCAAAACAAGAAUCGCCGCCGCAGUAAAUAAAGUGAACGAAACUGUUGAAGAACUCGUCCAAGUGCUAAGAGAUCAGGAAAAGAUGAUGACGGAAAAAUUGACCCAUAUUGAUGAGUCACAGGAAGAAGAUCAUGUGGCACAAUUAGAAAAAUUUCAAAUGUAUGCCAGAGAACUGAAAAGAUCGGUCGAACGUGGCGAGGAUAUUUUCCAAAGAAACGUCGCUCUAGAAAUCCUCGAAGAGGAGCAUUCUAUCUUCCUCCCCUGUAAAGAGCUUUUGGAUCAGUGUCAGAAACUGGAACUCUACAAACCAGAAGAUGUUAAUUACGUUGUAAACAAAGAAAAUGUAUCGGCUCUAAGACAACUGUUUCAGCUGCCCCUGGGUGAAGUUGUUGCACACGAUCAUUCACGUUCAGAAGCCGAAGGAAAAGGUUUGAAAGAGGCUGAACAGGGCUUCGAAACUAACUUUAAAGUCACGACACGAGACUUAGAAGGAAAACAAUUUUAUAGCGAACAAGAAGAAGUGACCGUGACCAUCAGGUCACUAGAUGGAGAAGAGGAAGCACAUGUGAAAGAUUGCAAAGAUGGAAUGUACAUAGCGCAUUACAUACCGAAAAGUGUUGGACAACAUGACGUCAGAAUCGUGGUGAAUGGGUGGCCGCUGACUGGUAGUCCUUGGAAAGUGAACGUGAAGCCACAUAAGUACCGAGUGGUGACGUCCCUUGGAUCACGUGGACAAGGAGAAGGAGAAUUUGACUUCCCCUGGAACAUUGCGAAGAACGAUAACACGGGAGACAUUGCUGUAGCAGAUUUUCGUAAUAGGCGCGUUCAUUUGUUUGAUGCCGACUGUAAAUAUCUUAGGACAAUAGGGGGAAUGGCGGGAUCACAAACUGGCACAGCUGUCAAGAUGGGACGGCCAUGGUCAGUAGCAUUUUUAAGGAACAGUGACAUGAUCCUGAUUCACGGCGAUAAAAACUCAAGAAAGAUGUCUGUCCUUACCAGUGGCGGUCAGUUUAUCGAACAGUUCAGUGAGCACGUGAUUGAUCCACGCAGUAUCUUUAUCAAAACUGACGGUGACAGUCAUGUGAUCGUGUGUGACUCAGCUGACCAUAAAAUCAAGGUCCUGUCCCCGGAUGGUGCAGAACUUCUACAGUCCUUCAGUGCCCCGGAUUGCGACGCUUCCCCCAGCUGUGUUGUUUAUCAUCAAGAAACUUAUUUUGUGUCGUAUAUGAUGGCUAAUUGCGUCACCGUUUUCAACAAGGAGGGUAUCCCACUCUAUUAUAUUGGCAGUCAAGAAGAAAUGCCAUACCCCUCGGGUCUUGCCGUGGAUGCGUUUGAUAACUUGAUCGUCUGUGGCAGUAAUAAGCUACAUAUGUUUACGCUGAAUGGGAAGUUUCUUGCCUCAUUUGAUCAAGAAAUCCAGAGACCCUGGGCAGUGACUGUUUGCAGGAAUGGUGACUUGUGGGUUACUGAUUUAACGAAACAUAAUGUUCUUGUUUUUAGGUGAAAAACUUUCUGUACCUGAGAAAUCACUGUGGCUUACAGAUUUGCUCGUUGAACUCUGAUAUUUUCGGUCAGACCUAAGAUACUAAAAACUUUAUUAUUGCCCUUAUUUGUUCACACAAAUGAAGUUUUCGAUGCUACUGAUCCUUGCAGGAUGCAAAACGCUUGAUCUCGUAUAAGACUGUUAUAUUCCUCAAUGGUUGACCGCGAAAUCCGAAGGUCUAAGUUUCGAAUCCUCCUACGGACUUUAUGGUACCUUUGUUCUUGUAUCGCGCUCGUGAUAAUGAGAUGUAUUUUUUUAUUAAACAACCGAACGCCAUAUAAAUAAGUUGUAUUGUAUUGUAU